AUAUAUAUGCGGUCUAGCCUACUACCUGAUCCAUUAUCGUGAUCCCAUCCCGCAAUCAUGGCCAUGGCCUCCACCGCCGCCGGCACCGACCGCCUCACCCAGCUCAAGGCUUUCGACGACACCAAGGCCGGCGUCAAGGGCCUCGUCGACGCGGGCGUCACCACCGUCCCACCCAUCUUCCAUCACCCACUCGACCCCCACGACGACGCCUCCAACAACGCUGCCGCCGCCGCCAGCCUAACAACGACAAUCCCGGUCAUCGACCUCGCCGCCUUUUCAGCAGCCAACAACAACACCAACGACGCCGCUGGCGCCAACCACCACCAGCAGCUGGUCGCCCAGGUCAAGGCGGCCGCGGAGACCGUGGGCUUCUUCCAGGUCGUCAACCACGGCGUGCCCGCGGAGCUCCUCGCCCGCAUGCUCGCGUCCGUGCGAAGCUUCAACGAGGAGCCCGCCGAGGCGCGGCGGCGCUACUACACCAGGGACCCGGCGAGGCGCGUGAGGUACCAGAGCAACUUCGACCUCUUCUACUCGCCCGCCGCCAGCUGGCGCGACACGGUCUUCAUCGAGUCCGCGGCGGAGACGGAGACGGAGGAGAUGCCGGCGGCGUUCAGGGACGUCGUGCCGGAGUACACGCAGCAGGUGCGGGCGCUGGGCGCGCACCUUCUGGCGCUGCUGUCGGAGGCGCUGGGCCUGCCGCGCGCCGACUACCUGCAGCGCGACGCCGGGUGCCUGGACGGGCCGGCGCUCGGCUGCCACUACUACCCGCCGUGCCCGGAGCCGCGGCUCACGCUGGGGACCGCCAGGCACUCGGACCCCAGCUUCCUGACGGUGCUGCUGCAGGACGACGCCGUCGGCGGCCUGCAGGCGCUCGUCGGCGGUGGAUGGGUGGACGUGCCUCCGCUGCCCGGCGCGCUCGUCGUCAACGUCGGCGACUUCCUCCAGCUCAUGUCCAACGACAGGUUCAAGAGCGUCGAGCACCGGGUGGUGGCCGUGCCUGGCUCUGCCGCGCGGGUCUCGGCGGCCUGCUUCUUCAGGCCCACCGGCGCCGCCGCGUCCUCCAGGGCGUACGGCCCCUUACCUGACCUCGUCAAGCCGCCGGAGGCACCGCGGUACCGGAGUGUCACCGCCGCAGAGUUCCUCGGCUACUAUAGGCAGAAAGGUCUCGACGGACGAUCUGCGCUUGACCACUUCAGGCUGCUGCUCUGAGCCUCUCAACCCAAUUAUUCCAUUCCAUCACUACUAUAUGUCGCUUUGCCAGUCCAUUUUAUAAUAAAGAGUCUUCUAAAAUGAAAGUCAAGAAAUAGUGUAUGAACAAAGAUUUUAAAUGGUGGCUAAAUUUAAUAAAGGAGAAAGAUUUUUAAAGAGUUCAAACACUGUAGAAUUUCUAUAUGUAUUCACCACAUCUCUCUAUAAAUAAGGAGUCACUUUCACCUUUGUAAAGCAAUUAAGAAAGAGUGAAAUAUAGAACAAGCUUCUU